CGGGCUUCAGACAGCAGCCAUGUUGGUUCUGCUCUGGUUAUUGAUCCUGAUGAUGAUGAUGAUGAUGAUGAAGAUUGACGCUGUCUCUGCAGAGACGGUCAGGGCUCUGAGUGGGGAGGGGGUCCUGCUGUCCUCCCAGCUGCGGGGGGGAUUGGGGGGGGGUCAGGACGUCCGGUGGACCCACCCCCGCCUGCUGCUGUCCCUGAAGAACAACGUGACGGCGUGCCACCACGGCCGCUGCUCGCUGCAGAGAGACGGCUCGCUGAGGUUCAGCCGCGUCACGCCAGCAGACGCAGGAAACUACAGUCUGGAGGUGUUCGCCGCAGACGGGACCAGACUGCUGCACAGGCACUUCCUGCUCACAGUGGGGGGGUCUGCAGAUAAUAUCAGCAGCAGUGUGUUGGUGCCGGUGUUGAUCUGCUGCUUCCUCUUCCUGCUGUUCUUCAUCAUCUUCUUCAUCCUCAGAAGGAGGCGGAGCCAGAGCACAAGGAGCACAGGUCGGCUGGAGGAAAAUGUUUACGUAGAGAUGAAGAGUCACCAUGACAACAAGACGAAAGAUGAGGAGAAGUCUCAGUAUGUUCCCUGUCAUCCUGUUGUUUCCAUGGAAACCCCAAUCACAGAGCCAAGGUCUGUGGAUGAAGACAUCUACGUGUGACGACCAAUCAGAACCCUCCACUCCCCUUCAGUCUGGUGUCCUCUCUCAGUUAUUAACAUGAAAAUAAACUUUAGGAUGUUUCAGUUCUUCUUGUUUAUUAAUAACCUGAGUCAGAACUCAAAGUAGACGUUUGCCUUCAUGUGUGAAAAGUUUGGUCCAGACUUUUGAAUGACGUCAUACUUUCACAGCCGCAGACGGCGCCAAACAGCCAGGAUGACCCGGAGCAGGAAGUGACACGGGCCACAUGUUUCUGUCCCAACUUGACCAAACAUACUGAACAUUUUUCAGAUAAACUACAAACUCAGCAGACUCACGCUACGCUCCACACCACCGGCACAACACAACGCAAAAUAUACACAAACUAAAAGGUAAUAAUAAAAACAGAUCAAGACAUGCGAUUACAGGAUGUAAAUAAAGCAUCAUUUCAGUA